AGAAUUUCAGUUAUACGCGUUUUUCUACAGAAAUACACAUUCUGUUUAAAGUUCAUUGUAUUAAUUAUUUUUAUAAUUAAAUGAAAAAAAUUUUAAAUCUUCAAUGUUGAUACAUAUAUUUCAUUAUAUUUCUUUUAAUAUUUAAAUUAUGAAGAUAAUAAAUGAAUCAACUAUUGCAUCAACUUUAUCUUCAUCUUUUUCACCUUGUUCACCUAAUGAAAUAGUCAUACAAUAUGGAGAUUGUGUUGGAGGUGAAGUUGAAAAAUGGUUGGAAGAUGAAACGCUAGCAGGGUUUCGAGUUUGGCAACUUGCUGGCAUAAUCCUUUCUAUUCUACUUAGUAUAUUAAUUGGAUUUUGUUGUUGUAUCAGAUUCAGAGUACCACGAACUAAACAAGAAAUAGAAGCUGAUUAUAUUCGAAAAAAAAUAACAGACAAUUUUAGACAUGAGUUAUCUAAAAUCAGUAAUAUAGAAAUGAAUGAUAUGGAUUUGAAAAAAGCAUUAAGCAAAAUUCAAAAUAAAUUUGAUAUAGAAACUUAUGAAGUACAAAAGCUUCAUGAAGAAUUAACAUAUAAAAAUAUGCAUAAGUUACAUUCAAAAUUCAAUGGAACAUUUAAUGGAAUUUAUUUUAAUAAACAAGAAUAUGUCAAUGCUGGUAAUAUAAUUUAAUAAAUUUAUAAAUUU